UUAGCUGUCUGGGGUAGUUUUCUUUUAGCAUUCGAGAGAUUCCAUGCGAAUCCUAAUAGGACAAACAACUUUUCCAGAACUGAAUGACAUGAAGUCAGGUUGACCAGGUACCAUUCGUAGGAAACCUUGCGAAUCCUAAUAAGACAAGGAGAAUCAGGUGCACCAGGAGAGAUUCUCCUCCUUCCCGAUGCAGUUUGACUGAGGAACAAGGGGCAUUCGCAACAAAGCUCGCGAAUGGCUGUCAUUGGAUGGGACGUAGCAGAGCUUGCAGGCAUGCAGAGGCAUGCAGAGGCUUUCGUAGCCUGCCACGCGAAUAGCUUGUCGGCCACGAUCAAAGCAUGCACAGGCAUUCGCACUUGACCUCGCGAAUGGCUUGUUGGCUAUGUUCUGCAUUUCUGGCGGUCUGAAACCCCUAUAAAAAGACCCCCAGAAAUGUUGAAGCCUCAUUUCUUUCAAGCCUCAUUUCUCAACUUCACCUCUCCAACUCUCUCAAUUCUCAACUUUCAAGCCUCAUUUCUGAACUCUCAAGUGAUAAGUUUGAUACCUCUCAAGCUCUACCUACCCUUAAACUCUCUCAAGUGUAAAAGUCUCUAUAUUGUUGGUAAUUAUUUCUAACUCUAUCUCUCAUUCUAACCUUUCAAAUAUUAUAGUUUAUCAUUUGUUUUUGAGUCUCAAACUUUCUUUGAUGCCUAAUUUUCGGUUGCAUGUUAUUACUUCAUGAAGGUUUUGUAAAUGGCGGAUGAAGCAGUGCUAAGUCUCGGUCCAAAAAAUCCGACGUUGUUGGUGAAACAAAACAAACAUGUGUCGGGAUAUGUUUGGAACCAAACAAGUAAGAAAGUCUUGAAGCUGAGAUUACCCCACAUUCCUUUGGAUGGUGUCCCUCCACAAAUCGAACAAUACGUUCGAUUGGCCGGAUUUUACGAGGUCGCUCUAUGUGGUUCUCUCAAACAAGACAAAGUGUUGAUAUCCGCAUUGGUGGAGCGUUGGCGGCCCGAGACGCACACCUUUCAUAUGCCGUUUGGAGAGUGCACCAUCACUCUUCAAGAUGUUGCCGUUCAGCUGGGACUAAAUAUUGAUGGGCAACCUGUUACCGGGGUGACAUGGUGUGACUGGUCUGAUCUCGUUACUCGUGCGCUAGGAGUCACUCCACCGCGACGUGCUAUUAGAGGAAGUUGUUUAAACAUGAGAUGGUUAAACCAGUGUUUUGAUUUUCAAAACCUAGGUGCACUUGGGCCGGCAGAAGCUGAAUUUGCUGCAAGAGCAUUCAUUUUGCGCUUGAUUGGCACUUUCUUAUUACCCGACCACUCGGGAUCACAUGUGCCUCUAAGAUAUCUACUACUAAUAGAGAAUUUAGCUCUGGCCUCCACGUACAGUUGGGGUUCGGCUGUGCUUGCAACUCUCUAUCAUGAGUUAUGCCAUGCAACCGGUUAUGAACGACAAGAAAUCGGUGGUUGUACUUAUUUGCUCCAAAUCUGGGCUUGGGAAAGGAUUCCAAUGACUGCCCCUGAAAUCAUACCGAUAUUGCAAAUCGGCUGCCCCAUCGCAGGAAGGUGGGGAAGAAACCCAAAUCGUGUUGACGUUGGUCGUCAAACGAAUCAAAUUGAUUUGUGGCGGAUCAAGCUCGACGAACUGAGAGCUGAAGACUUUGUCUGGAGGCCAUACCCAGAUCAUGUUAUAAAUUCGCUACCGGAACGGUGUUGGCAAAGUAUGCACUUGUGGAGAUCAGUUGUGCCAAUGAUAUGCUACACCUUUGUUGAGUGGCACCAACCGGAUAGAGUCUUGCAACAGUUUGGCAUGUUUCAGGGGGUACCUGACCCACCAUAUCAAAUUGAUAAACUGCAUGACAUAACUUUGGCGGGGAAGGAACAGGAAGAUUGGGUUACAGCCAUGAUGCCCUUUAUACAGGUGUGGGGGCAAAGACACCAAAGGAUAGUUCAGCAACCCGUGGUUAAUACGUUAGCUGGCCCUAACGACCGUUACAUGAAGUGGUACGCCCAACAUUCCAUUCGUUGGCUGACGCGUCAGAGUUCGACAACAGGGCAAAUUGUAAUGACGGGAUCACAUGUGCCUCUAAGAUAUCUACUACCCCAGACAGCUAAUUUUGUUUUUUUUCACCCCCUUUCUCCAAUUAAUAUUUUCUUUCACGCCAUUCAGAAAAAAAAGCCUUAA